UUCUACACUUGAGGACCUUAUCCUAAGAGUAACCACAACCAAAACUCUCGACUCCAUUGUGUCGUCGGCGGAAGAACUAAAAUGGCGGGAAGAGCGAUAUAUUCUGUAACUUCAUCUCCUUCCUUGUGCAUCCCUUAUUCAUCUGCUUCAUCUUCAUCCAUCUCACUAUCUCGAUUGGCGCUCCCUGUCCGGAUUUCUCCCCGAACCAACAGAUUCCCCAGGAUACACUGCUCUUUGUCUGCUAACGACAUCAAAGCCGGAACCAAUAUCGAAGUCGAUGGUGCUCCUUGGCGUGUUCUUGAGUUUCUUCAUGUUAAACCAGGAAAAGGUGCGGCAUUUGUGAGGACUAAGAUCAGGAACUAUGUUAAUGGCAGCACAGUGGAGAGAACAUUUCGUGCUGGAAUUUCUGUCGAGGAAGCUAAUAUAUACAAAGAAACCAAACAAUUCACAUACAAAGAUGGAUCUCAAUUUGUUUUCAUGGAUUUGACCACAUACGAAGAAACACGUCUUAACGAAUCUGAUAUGGGUGACAAGACGAAAUGGCUGAAAGAAGGCAUGGAAUGCAUUUUGCUGUUUUGGAAAGACAAGGUUAUCGAUUUCGAUCUACCGAUUACAGUUAAGUUGAAAAUUGUUGACGUUGAUCCUGGCCUUCGUGGUGACACUGCGCAAGGUGGAUCAAAGCCGGCUACACUCGAAACGGGUGCAGUAGUUACUGUACCGCUCUUUAUUAACGUAGGCGAAGAGAUAUUGGUGGAUACUAGGACCGGUGCAUACAUGAAUCGGGCGUGAAGCAGAUCUACACCUAGUUUAAUCGGGUACUAAAUAAGGAGGAUUAAAUCUUUUUUUUUUUGCGUAUAUGAGAGAAUGUUUUCGAAUCCGAGGAUAAAUGUUUGGAACGCCGCGAGACAAUUUUUCGAUUAUAUAAAAAUUUGUAUAACUAUAUUUAAAUUUGAGUAAAAAGAGCAUAUACCA